AAAUUUGUACAGUCCAGACACCAAAGCCGUUUCGACUUUCAACCACGGUGCUGCACAACUAGACAAGUUCAUUGCCAGGUCUCGCUCUCUCGCUGUGAAAAUGUCGGACGGAGUGUUGACCAUCCUUGACGGGAGCCAGCUGAGAUCGCUGGACCCGACCCUGCCCGAAAACGGCGUCGCUUUGACCGGCGGCGAGGUCCUGGACCUGGCCGAUUCAAGAGCCUCCUCGGCUCUCUUCGGCAUCUCAUUGCCCGAAACUCUAAAGCGCUCCGCUCUCCGACGCAUCCACGUCGACGACGUCGUCUCCUUCAGAAGCACCCAACUCGGCCGAGACCUAGUCCCCCACAGUCUUUCAGACUACAUCUCUGCCAUGGCCGAUCAACUAAAAGAUGAUCCACUUGUUAUAGCGACAUUGAAUGGAAACAUUCUUAGAUUGUUUUUGGAGGACGAGGAUGAUUUUGCAAUGAUAGCAGAGAAUUUGUUCACCGAUUUAGAUGCAGAAGAUAAGGGGAAGAUCAGCAAGGGUGAGAUACGGAAUGCUCUUGUCCACAUGGGGGUUGAAAUGGGUGUUCCUCCUUUCUCAGAAUUUCCUCAGCUAAAUGAUAUCUUGAGGAAAUACGGGGCCGAGGGAGACGAAGAAUUGGGCCAAGCACAAUUUGCGCAAUUGCUCCAGCCUAUUCUUCAAGAACUAGCAGAAGCCUUGACUGCAAGGCCUGUUGUUUUCAUCCAGAAUAUCAAGGUCAUUAACGGUUCUAAGCUGAAAAAGAUUUUGGCUGAUGAGGAGGAAUUAAACCAUAUCGUCGAGAAGAUGUUGGAGGAAAAGCACACUGGAAAGGAUGGUCUAGGGAGUGUUGAGUCAAUGAGGGGCUUCCUUGAGAGAAAUUGGAAAGGGUUGGGCUUGCCACCACCAGGAGCCACCGAUGCAGUGGUUCUUCUCUAUGAUGCAGUCUUUACUGAUGUGAAGAACGAAAAAAGUGCUGUGGGCGUUGAGAAGGAUGAAUUGGGAAAACUCCUGAAGGAAAUCCUCUAUAAAUUUGCUGAGCAGCUUGAAGCUAAUCCCGUUUAUCAUGAUCAUAACCAUUGAGUUCUGAGGCAGGUGCUUUGUGGCUGAUUAGGGGGGCAGUAGAUGGAAUUUUGAAUGGGCCUCAAAAUGAAACCCGUGUUGGGCCAGGCCCAGGUAGAUAGAAUAAGAAACAAAAGGUCCACUGGAACUCCGAGUUGAUGUCAGAGCCCAACGUGUCAACUGCACAUCAUCCACCAGCCUCUUGUUGAUGGUGUUGUGGUUGUGAGACAAAAUUUCUCAGUGUGUAUGUAUAUAUAUAAAAAGAAAACUUAUCUCCCUUUUGGAUAAAAUUUUUUGGCGAACUCAAACAAA